AUGGUGGCGGUUGGCCUGACCAUAGCGGCAGCUGGAUUUGCAGGUCGCUAUGCAGUAAAAGCUAUGAAGCAAAUGGAGCCACAAGUAAAGCAAGCACUUCAGAAUCUACCAAAACCUGCCUUCAGUGGUUAUUACAGAGGAGGAUUUGAACCUAAAAUGACUAAACGAGAAGCAGCAUUAAUACUAGGAGUGAGCCCUACAGCCAACAGAAGUAAAAUUAGAGAAGCUCACAGACGGAUCAUGCUUCUAAAUCAUCCAGAUAAAGGUGGCUCUCCAUAUAUAGCAGCCAAAAUCAAUGAAGCUAAAGAUUUACUGGAAGACCAGGCUAAAAAAUGA